CCUUACAAACAAAGUGAAAAGAAAGUCAUCAAAUUUGAUUGCGAGUGUUGUAACAAACAAGCCAUCAAUAACCAAAAAAAAAGAGAGAAAAAGUAAAACAAGAGAAGACAAAAACGACAAUAAAAACAAACAAAACGAAAGCGUUUAAACGCAGACGCUAGACGCUAUAGCUACGAAACUCACCGUAAUCGAAAAGCAAUAGAAUUCAGACAGAGACUCUUCUUUCUCUGUCUCUUCGAUUCGAUCAUUUUCAAAUAUUGAAUUCUUCGUAUCGGCUAAAUUCGAAGUUCUGAUUUUUCUUGUUUUCGGUUCUCGUUUCUCUGUUUGCUUCCGAUCGAUCCAAUUAUCUUCCUAUGGCUACGAUCGGACACAACAAUCUCAAUGCAAAAUUGGUUCUUCUUGGGGAUAUGGGUGCCGGUAAAUCCAGCCUCGUUUUGCGAUUUGUCAAGGGUCAAUUUCUUGAAUUUCAGGAAUCAACAAUAGGAGCGGCAUUCUUUUCACAGACAUUGGCAGUAAAUGAUGCAACGGUGAAAUUCGAGAUUUGGGACACGGCAGGACAGGAGAGAUACCAUAGCUUGGCUCCCAUGUAUUACAGAGGCGCUGCUGCUGCUAUCAUUGUCUAUGACAUAACUAGCUCUGAUUCAUUUUCACGAGCUAAAAAGUGGGUCCAAGAGCUUCAAAAGCAAGGUAAUCCGAACAUGGUCAUGGCUCUUACCGGCAACAAAGCUGACUUGGAAGACAAAAGAAAAGUGACAGCCGAAGAAGCACGUGUAUAUGCAGAGGAAAAUGGUCUGUUUUUCAUGGAGACCUCUGCCAAAUCUGCGGCCAAUGUUAAUGAAGUAUUUUAUGAAAUUGCCAAGAGAUUACCAAGGGCUCAGCCAGCUCAAAGUCCAGCAGGGAUGGUUCUUGUUGAUAGACCCGCCGAAGGAUCUAGUGCUGCAUCAUGUUGUUCAUAAGUGAUUCUGCUGUACUUACCCGCUGAAGGAUCUAGGGCUGCAUCAUGUUGUUCAUAAGUGAUUCUGCUGUACUUACCCGCCUCACUUAAAUUCCUAUUGUUUUCAGUGGUUUGUAUGUACUACACAGUACUUUGUUAUCACUGUUAUAUGGAGAGCUCCAACUGUGUAUGAUGGAUGCAAUUUGCCACACAGAACUUGUUGAUUAAAUAUAUAUCCCUUGGAAUGCA